AUGCAGACCCGUUUUUUGGCUGCGGUCCCGACUGCUAGGGCCAUAGACAACGAUCCUCAUGGACCUCUUUUUAGAUGGUUGAGCCAGUUUCAGAUUGUCUCGUUAGGACAUCCCAAUGUUGAGUUGUCGGAGGCACAGAUUGACCGGUCCUUAGAGGCAUAUAUUCUUUGGCUGUUCGGCAAGACGAUGUUUACGGAGAACCACGUGACCACUGUCGAUGCACGACUCAUCGGUAUUGCACGAGAGAUAGCUGACGCACGUUGCCCCGCGGAUAUUCUACAGAGGAGUUUUGGUUCUGCUGUGUUAGCGGCUACGUACAGAGGCCUGUGCAAAGCUUGCUUGUUGAAGUCUAGAAAAUCUGGUGUUGUUGGAUGUCCAUUAUUGUUGCUGCUCUGGUCAUACGAGAGAUUCCCUAUUGGACGACCCUAUGUCUACAUUGAUAAACCUUUUGGUUUGGAGGACUUAGCUGGGGCUUAUGUGCCUGCUAUCGGCGACUUACCUACUAUGGGUUCUGUUUGGGCACGGCGAGAGAGACAGUUUGCACAUAGUCAGGUUAGGGGAUGCUACCCGUCCUUCACGGCGCAGUUUGAUAGUUUGCACGAGGAUCAAGUUAUCUGGGAGCCAUACUCGGCUGAGGCUAUAUCAUCGAGGUACCCAGUUGGGAUUUCUGGAUUGUGCACUAGAGAUCGGCAUUUUUGGAUGACCAAGGCCAAGUUGGUGUUCGAUGUGACGGUUGAGGAGAUGUCUCUUCAUAGAGUAAUGAGACAGUUCGGUCUAUAUCAAGAGCCUGAGAUUCCAAAAAUUCCACAGUUGCCAGAGCACGUGCACAAGGACAGUCGCCUAGGAGGAAACAAGUCCAUGGAUUACUGGCUUAAGAGCAUUACCCCUUACGUUGACGAAUGGACUACCGCUGCGACAAAUACCUGGGGUGAGGGUCGGGCCUUUAACUGGCAAAUGUUCGGGUUGUAUCUGCAGCGUUACCGGCAUACAACAAGGAUCUACUUGGUUCCAUCAGCUGCUCCUGAUCAGAUCGAAGCCCCUCUCACCAGCGAUAUGUACCCAACUGCCUCUACGGUCUUCGGAUGUUGCACUUCCUCCUCCAGCACAUCGUCCGCCACGUCCCUCUGCGGCAACCUGUCGCAACCGUUCAUGCAUUCAGAGCAGUCACCCAUCCUUAGUGGUGGUGCUGAUUACUUUGAGGGCGACCGCGAGGAUGAUGACCAUGCUACAAACAUUUAUGGCUUCUCGCAGACAGUGUUUCACACUCCACCACCACCACCGACGCAGGAGACACAGACCGUGACAGACGAGUUACAUUUCCAAAUAGAUUACAACCGAUAA